CAAACAUUCUCUGUGUUAGGAGUUUGUCUACGUGAUGGCGACGUUAAGAACUUCAAAGCUCACAUUCCGUGAUUGCAAAAUCAGUGCACCUAUGUUUUACCUGCGAACGUUUAGCAAAGAUAGUUUAGAAAACUCUUUGAAUUCCAAUUUCCCCGCGAAAGAAAUGUUCACGCUGGAAGUCUAGUUAAGGGAUAUUUUGAAGAUGACAACUGCUGGCCACGAGGCGAGGUAAGGACAAGUACUUUGAAGACGAAAACUAGGUACUAAUUCUCCGCUACGCAAGGGAGAAAGUUGCUCUUGGAUUUAUAUGGAACCAGAUCAAUGCUUCAUUCGUUCACAGAAUCAUACCACGACUCGGAUCUGUUGAAGUUAUUUUGUCUUACAUAAUCCGCAUAUUUGUUUAUCUUCGACCAAAAUUUACUUUAACGCGGCAGAACGAAAAAGCAAGGUAGUGAGUGUAAGGCAGCUGAAAUUGGACCACUCUAUCAUGAAUAGCGCCGUGCUGCUUAAUUAAAUUUCCUGGAGCUAGAACCCGGCGCUAAUUCGAAGGAGUUGGUUAUUUCCUUAUUAGCUUAUUUAAACUUCGGUCUCAAUAUGAAAUUCUUUUUGUUUAAAAAGUGAAUAUUAACUAUAACAUUUAAUGGCGAUAGCCCCGCAAAAAUAAUUGUAUUACGGUAAAUUACCGCCCGCGGGGUGUCUAUUUAGUUUUAGGGGUCCAAGAGGGGGCGUUUAAUAGAUAGAGGGCGUUUGUUCUCAUAACUGUAACAAGCUCAACAAAACCAAUAUGCAGAAUAUUCAUUCCAAUUAAUACGUCUAGGCCCUCUAGAGAUCUAUACCGCUCUUUCAAACCCCAACAUCGAUAUCACAAUCCACGCUUCGGAGGGAUAUUGUUUUGCCAUCGUUAGUCUCACCGUUCUUUGAACUUGGUAUUUAACAAGAUGAAACACGUUAAGUCCUGAUAAUCAAUCAAGAACUGAAUGAAUCGAAUGACUUUGCUCCUUUUUGCUAAUUCCUAGCAUUUUAAAGUAAUUCUCAUAGGGGGGUUCUGUUAGACAGGGGGCGUUUAUCAGAGAGAGGGGUCAAAUAUAAUUUUAACAGCGUUGACGGGGCGUUUAUUCGGAAGUGGGUGUCUACAAGGUCACUUACGGAAUAGAAUUGAGAAAAAGAAAGACUUGCAUUAUUUUAUGGUUCCAAAAGAAAUCUGCUGAUCAAAGUUAGCUCCUCUAUGGCGAACCAGAUACACUAAAAUUUCCUUUUUUGUUUUGUUUUGAACAACUAGCCACGGAGGAGCACUUGUAUACCCAAGACAACGGAAACUUGUCAGGAGUUCAACAUUUCGUCGAGAAUUUAUCCCAUUCGUCGGCCUGAUUCUAAUUGUUUUGGCAAUAUUAGCCUACUACCUUGGAAAAACUCAGUAUAUAACCAUACGAGGUAAGCAUCCAAAAGUGUGAGUGCAAAAAAAACAGUUUGUUCCCUGAGUUUGGGUUUACUAGGGAAAGUCUCGAAAUAGUUAUAGAAAAGAAUGGGAAAUUAAGACUCAAUUGAGCGGCCACCUCUAUUAAGCGACUGCGGCCACCUUUUGGUCGAAGGAAAAUACAGUCCAAGAUAGACGAUGACGACCGAUUGUAGACCAAUAAAGGCUUGUCCAGUCGUGCGUUUUUUUUUUUUUAAAGUAAUGUUUCUGCUAAAGAUUAUGCUAAUUUAUGACAAACCACUUCCUGGUACCCUGAGGGUGGCCGCUUAAUUCUCUAUUUUUUCAAUUUGCCGCUCCUGGGAAUUGCAUUUUCCCAAGGUUUUAAACUUUGUGGGGCAUGGUUAAAAUACCUGCAACGCGUUAAAUCCUGUUGUUCUGUUGCACCUCACUUUUAACUCUGCUUUGCAGUAAAAGGAGGCUAGCGCUCUGCGAGCUUUCUUUUGCCUCGCACUAGUCAUAUGUUUUCCCAGCGCUUUUUACCAGUUCGAAGAUACAGCCUGCCUCGUUCCUUGGCGUCUCAAGUGCUUGGAAAACAGAAAACGUUACUACGAGUAUUGCGCAAUGGGACCAUGAACACGUUUAGCUUUGACGCAAAGGACGCUGGGAGCGAGAGUUUUUCUCUUCGUCUUUCCCAUGAUACCUAGCGCGGAAACGAAAUCGCUCCAGUUGCUCUCGGAUCUACUAGAACGUUUCUGGGUACGAGGCAGAGAUAGUGAUAGGUUAUUGGUUACAACGAUGAUGCCAAACACAAACCUAUUAGUAUUGCCCAACUAUAGCCAGCCUCUGUGAGCAAAAAAAAAAAAUAAAAACGUCCAAAACGCUGUAAUUGUAUAGGUUUCAAACCUGCAGUGAGACGUAAGAAUUAUCCUUAUUUUUGAAUAUUUUGGUUACACAUAAUCAAAGUUUUUUUCUUCUUUUUAAAAGGAAAUCUCCUCAACUUAAACGCGGACAGGGUUAUUCAAUACUUCGGAAACAGCAAAAAGAGUAAGGAAAUAGAUGAGCGCACAGAGGAAGUCAUCAUAAAUUCAAGCAACACCCAAGAGAGAGCACGACACAAAGACAAGAAUGGAAUAAAAUUCACAAACUUAGAAAAUAUGGCUACGAUAAAAAACCCUGAAAGAUCGCAGGUAGAGAGAAUUUUAAACGCGGUUUUAAGCACAAAGCUGCUAAACGGAAAUCUGUCGCAAAGAGGAGAGAAUAGAAACGCAACCCAUUUCACCGUACCAAAACAAAAACAGCCCUCUAAAAGCCAAAAGAUGGCUCUUUUCACUUCGAAUACCAAAAAGCCACACAGUUCAAGAAAGUCACAACUUUCUGAGACGAUCCAAAAUCAAGAUGCAGAAUCAAAAGUCUCGGAUCAGAUCACAGCAUUCGGAAAAAAGGAGAAGUUUAAUUUCGAUAACUGGUAUAAAGAGCGGACAACUGAGAUAUGCGGAACUGGCUGGCAAGAAAACUAUCGCAAACUUCAUAAAGAAAUAUUGAGCAAGCGACGGGAAGAAAAAUAUCUGGUUUAUUUAUGUCCGGGAACGCGGCAAGGUUGCUGCGGUUACGGAAAUCGACUUCGGGCAGUGGUGUCUUUGUUUUAUCUCUCAAUUCUGACAGACAGGGCUUUUUUGAUUGACUGGCGUGCGCCUGAACCAAUAGAAAACCAUUUGUUGCCACAAAACAUCCAAUGGAAUUACUCGGAGCCCAUUGAUCUUUGUACAGGGCUGCCAAUACGGAAACAUUAUUGGGGAACAACGAAGACCGAUAUUAGAGAAGCAGAAGGUUGGAUUAUUCAAGAUAGCAGUCAUUUUAAAAAAUGGCUGACUACAACAGACUUGGCAAAUUACUUCAACUGGCCAGUCGAGGAAAUAACUACUAUCUGGUACUUCGCAGAAGGAGGAAUCUCAUUAAAUCCUUACUUACUAAAACGAGCAAAAGAAUUGGGAGUAAAGCCGUUGAUUUCUAACACGCCAAAGUAUAAUCUCAUAGGAUGUGCUUUUGAUUUUUUGUUCUCGAAAUCGGACGCAGUCUCGAACAAACUUGACGAGAUGAGAAGACAGCUUAAAUUUGAUGUAGGGCCAAUUAUUGGAAUACACAUUCGAACAGGCGAUGAUCAAUUUGAUUAUUACGCGUCAGAUAACGAGCGAACUGGGAACUCCAAAAACAUUUCUCAACUCUCAAAAUUCUUUGAUUGCGCGCGAAAGAUAGAAAGCCAAAUCUUUGGAAAUGGGACAUUCGAAGCAUCAAAAGUACGAUGGUUUGUUUCAACGGACAACGCUUUUGUGAGGAAAUAUGUCCAGAAAAGUUACCGUCGAAAAGUUAUCACUUCUAAUCUAACGAUCCAACACUUGGACAUUCUCCACAACACUACCGUAUUAAACUUCACGGCAGAAUGUAACUAUACAGACAGUACUAAUACUACAAUGGUUUGUUACAACGUUGAAAUAUUUAAUGUCACAGCCUACUGUGAAAACCGCACAAAAUAUUGGCUGGAAGCUGAAAGCAACUCUACUGCAAAUGAAACAGGUCUCUAUACUGACGGAAUCAUAGCGAUGCUAGUUGAUCAUUUUCUGUUAGCAGAGAGUGAUCUUCUAAUAUUGUGCGACAGCAGUUUUGGCUCCACAGCGGUUGGUUUGAGCAUGCGCAACACGUAUAGUUAUACUUUGGCUGAUCGGGGUUGUGUUGAACUGGCAGCAGCUCAGAAAAACGGGAGGUUGAGGUAUUUUGGACGAAGAUAA